UGUGUAUUUUUGGCCAUGCUGGAAGAAAAGAAGGCCCAGGGGUCUCGGCAACAGGGCUCAGCGGACGCAGGUCACCCAAAAACGUCGAAGAUCAACAGCAGCACACGUAAAACUGACCAUGUCUCAAACAGCAACAACGUCAUCAACCGUCCACGCCGCUUUGCAUUGCUAUCGGAGCGUUGUGCCCCCUCUACUGCUUCAGGGCCCCUAACAAGCCCCCUACUUGGAGGGCUACCAGGGAGAUCGCUCCUGAUUGGACAGCAGGCUGCCUCCUUGCGGCUGGCUCAACUUAAGGCCCAGCUAGCACUGACACAGAUAAACAAUGCUCUCACUGUUGGCAACCGAGCCACGACUUUGACAGCCAACGCCAACACACCUGCUCCGUACAUACCAACAACAGCCCCCUCCCCAACUGCUGCGGCCAUCAAUCUUCUUAAUCUUCUGAAGAUUGUUAAUACCAUGUCCCAUCCCCUGUAUAACCCCUAUGCCUCUGGGAACCAAAGUUCCACCCAGGGACAGUAUGGACUCUCCAGUAUACAGGUAGCGAGGGACCCUCAAAGGGCAUCCUCUGGCCCUGGAGCUGGGCCCAGCGUCAGCUCUUCUGGAGCUUCUGCGACUCCCACCAACUCCGGGGGGACACUCCCAUUGCUGCUGCCUCAGUCAAUGAACUACAGGCCUGAACAGAGAAGGGCCACAAUAGACAAAAACCUAGAGAGGUCUGUAGACAUGCAUAUUAGCAGAGCGAGAGAGGAGGUGAGGCUUCUUGGCAAACCGAUGCAUCAGCCCAUAGACCAGGGAACUCGCUUUACCAGCACUCAAAUUGAUGAGUUCCCCUCCUCAGGCACAGGGAUGACCUCCUACCCAAUGUCCUCAACCUCUUCCUCUCUAGGACAUAGACAGUCGGGCUUUGAAAGUGGCCGUAGCUCUUCGGAGUGGUCAUCAAACUACAAAAGGCCCACUGCUGAUGACUCCUCUGAAUUUUAUUCAUCAUCUGCUUCAUCCAACUAUGCUGGUGGUGGUGAUGGUAGGUUGAAUGUCUUCGGUGAAAGAAAACAUGAUAUGCAGUCCAUUCCAGGGUUAGGUGAUUUUGACUGUCCAGUGCCAGACAGACCUGCUGCGCCCGCAGAGUCAAGUCGACCCAAGUACACCUCUGAAUCAGCUUCGAACAUCCUUCUGCACUUUGGACUUGAAAAAGAGGACUUGCAACAUCUUAUCUCCUUUCCUGAAGACCAGAUCACUCCUGCUAACCUGCCGUACAUCUUGCGGCAAAUCCGCGUUGAGAAGACCAAGAAAGCUACAGCUGCAGUUCAGUCAAAACCUGAACCCCAACCCACUGGAAGCGUGAGAGGAAUUGAAAGUCACAGUUUGAGUAGUUCUGGAGGGGUAUUGCUGCGCCAGGAGGAAAUUUCAUCGGCUAUUCUCCAGCCCAGUAAAGUGAUUGACUAUGGACAUACUGGGAAAUAUACUGGAGGGGUUGGGGAUGAGAUUGGAAGGACCAGUAGCAGCAGAGCUAACAGCGGUGGGAAUGAAAGUAUGUUGCUAAUGAACACUUAUGAUGGCAGCAGACACAAUCGAGAAGCACCCCAAAAACAUACAACAGAGGUGAAAAGCAGUGCCUUUAGUUCUUCACGUGACCAGCCGAGUUCUGUUUCCAGUCUCAGCUCUUCAUACGGUUCAAUACUGAGCUCUGUGGCUCCACCAAGCAAUGAUCAGACCAAACGAUUGCAGAGCCAACCAAACCAGACUUCCCAAACAAUCCUCAGCUCUUUCUCUCUGCCAAAGAAAGACACAGACAUCAGAGUUCUCAAGUCUGAAGUCCCCAAACCUGCUCCUUUAAAAGAACCAGAGGAUGAUCGUCAAUCAACAUCGAAAACCCAGCCACUCUCCACUCUGUACCAUGGUGUGCAUCCCUGCCGACCUGGCCUUGUGCUCAUCAACAGUAAUAAAGCCAGAGGCACUAAGGAUCUGAGUAAAACUCAAGGACAAGGGUCGACAGUUGCUGAGCAGAUGAAAAAGCAGCAGCCUCAGCAGCAGUUGCAGAAGCAGCCGAUGCAGCAGCACCAGAAGCAGCAGACACCAAAGCAGCCAGUAUCGCAGGCGGGACAAGCUGUGUGGCCUCCAGUUAUUUCUGUUCCCCCUGCCUCUCGCACCCCAAACAUCACAGAUGCCAUGCAACGUCCAGUGUUUGUCCCUGGUUGUCCCCGCCCCAUAGUUGGCCCUCCAGCUCUGCCACAGCCAAUCCCAAGCCUAAUGAACAUCAUUCCUCAGACGCAGCCGCCUUCCAAAUGGCAGCCUCCGGCAAAGAUGGCUGUGACCAAGGGUCUUCCAACGGCAGCCAUGAUGCAUGACUAUGCAGCAACCACGCCAAAAAUCUUUCCACAUACCUGCUCUUUGUGUAACAGAGAAUGUACUCGUAUGAAGGAUUGGAUCUCCCACCAGAACACCAGCCUUCACCUUGAGAGCUGCAGAGUCCUUCGAACACAAUAUCCAGAGUGGGAUGGUGAGAUAGCACUCAAGCCAAGUGCUGCAGGCAAAGAUGCCAAGCCAUUGCCCUCAACCUCUGUAAAGACUUCCCAGCAUCAUCACCAGAAAGUCAGGCAUGGAAGCCACUCCUGUUCCCACUCGCCCAGCCCCCGUCGCCACUGUGGGCCAGAGGGUAGAAGGGAGAGCCACAGUAGUCGAUCACAUUCACCACCCAGCUCCAGAUACACUCGCAGGUCUCGGUCUCGUUCUCCACGGUAUGACCAUCCUUCCUCCUCCCGCUCUUGGUCACGUUCCAGGAGCCCUGAGAGACGAUUGUCUCCAAGGCGGAGAGACGAGAAACUAUCCUCAUCAAGGAAGAGAGACGAUAGACGACCAUCUCCAAAGAGGAGCCAUGAGAGACGAUCAUCUCCAAGGAAGAGUAAUGAGCCACGAUCACCAUCAAGGAGGAGUGAUGAGUGGCGAUCACCACCAUGGAGGAGUAAUGAGAGACGAUCGCCACCAAGGAGGAGUGAUCAGAGAAGAUCACCACCAAGGAAGAGUGAUGAGACAAGAUCUCCAUUAAUGAGGGGUGAUGAGUGGCAGUCACCAGCAAGGAGGACUGAUGACAGACGAUCACCACCAUGGAGGAGUAACGAGAGAGGUUCACCACCAAGAAGGACUGAUGAGAGACAACCUCUACCAAAGAGGAGUGAUCAGAGAAGAUCACCGCCAAGACGGAGUGAUCAGAGACGAUCCCCUCAACAAAAGAAGUCAAGCAGUGCAGAGAGGCUGGCUAAGAAACUACUAGAAACAUCAGCUGUCCAGUCUCUGUCAAAAGAGUCUGACCUGGAGGCUGUGGUUAAAACCUUAUUAGCUGGGCUAGCCAAGAUGAAGUCAUCGUCAACGUCAUCCACCUCCACAAGAGGGAAGCCCUCCUCAUCUUCUGCUGCCUGUUCCUCAUCCUCCUCCUCUACAGCAAAGAAGAAGGAGUUGACUAAAAAGCCCUCUAAAGCAAAGUCCAGCCUGCCGAAGAGCGAGGCAAGUUCUUCCUCAAAGUUCAAGUCUGCUAAAUCUUUGCCUUCAACCAUGGUGAAGCUACGUCAGUUAUAUAAUUCAGUCUCUCAUGGUGACGUGUUAGCUGCUGUGGAGCAAUUCGGAAAAACCAAGUCAGUUGUACUGUAUCGGAAAAUACAGGAGGCACUCGUGUAUUUUGAGAAAGAGGAAAGCGCAAAGAAAUUAAAGAGCUUGAAGAGCAUUGAUGUGAAAGGAAUGCCAGUCACUGUUGUCAAGGAGCAGGAUGCUGUUUCUGAGGAACAAAAGAAGCCUUCACAGAAAAAACCUGCCACAACCAGUGUCUCCACACGUCAAACCACUACUACAAGGAAGGCUCUUCUCCCUACACCUAGUGCGCCUCCGCUUACAGGGCCCAAAAAGCCUUCGUCUUUACCUUCUGAAGCCAGCAAAAGUACAACAGGCAAACAUGCUAAUCAGAAAAGUGCAGUUAAAGGCUCAGUUAAAGGCCCAAAAUCUACCACCAAAGCAAAGGUUUUGGUUUCCAAAGCGAAAAGUGUCUCAAACAAGCAGAUUAACAAAAUGGUAAAAACAGGAAAGUUGCCUGCAAAAGCAGAUGUGAAAAAGGCCAUGGUAAAGCAAAAAAUUUCUUCAGGAGCCAAGUCUACAGCUACAGAAAAUCAGUCUGAUGUAGAAAACUCGAAGCCUAAAGAAUCUGAAACCAAGGUUCAAGAAACUGUGCCAAAAGACACAGCCACGGUUCCUGAAAAUACAAAAAUGACACUUGUUGGACCUAAAGAAUCUGAACCCAGGAUUCAAGAGGCUGUGCCGAAAGACCCAGCCAAGGUUGUUAAAAAUGCAAAUACGACAGUUGUUGAACGUAAACGAUCUGAAACCAAGCCUCAAGAAGCUGCGCCGAAAGAUACUGCCAAGGUUGCUAAAAAUGCAAAUACGACAGUUGUUGAACCUAAACGAUCUGAAACCAAGCCUCAAGAAGCUCCGCCGAAAGGUACCGCCAAGGUUGUUGGAAAUGCAAAUAAGACAGUUGUUGAACCUAAACGAUCUGAAACCAAGCCUCAAGAAGCUGCGCCGAAAGAUAUCGCCAAGGUUGUUGGAAAUGCAAAUAAGACAGUUGUUGAACCUAAACGAUCUGAAACCAAGCCUCAAGAAGCUACGCCAAAAGAUACCGCCAAGGUUGUUGGAAAUGCAAAUACGACAGUUGUUGAACCUAAACGAUCUGAAACCAAGCCUCAAGAAGCUGCGCCGAAAGAUACCGCCAAGGUUGUUGGAAAUGCAAAUACGACAGUUGUUAAACCUAAAGAAUCUGAACCCAAGCCUCAAGAAGCUGCGCCGAAAGACCCAGCCACGGUUGUUAAAAAUGCAAAUACGACAGUUGUUGAACCUAAACGAUCUGAAACCAAGCCUCAAGAAGCUGCGCCGAAAGAUACCGCCAAGGUUGUUGGAAAUGCAAAUACGACAGUUGUUAAACCUAAAGAAUCUGAACCCAAGCCUCAAGAAGCUGCGCCGAAAGACCCAGCCACGGUUGUUAAAAAUGCAAAUACGACAGUUGUUGAACCUGAGCAAUCUGAGACCAAAGUUCAAGAAGUUGUGCCGAAAGACACAGCCAAGGUUGUUGAAAAUGCAAACAUGAAGGUUGUUGAACUUAAAGAGUCUGAAUCCAAGGUUCAAGAAAACAUGCAAGAAGACUCAGCCAAGGUUCCCAAAAAUACAAAUACGACAGUUGUUAAACCUAAAGAAUCUGAACCCAAGCUUCAAGAAGCUGUGCAGAAAGGCACCGCAAAGGUUGUUAGAAAUGCAGAUAUGACAAUUGUUGAACCUAAAGAAUCUGAAAUAAAUGUUAAUGAAGCUGUACUGAAAGACAUUGCCAAGGUUCUUGAAGAUUCAAAUAUGACAGUUGUUGAACCUAAGCUUCAGGCAGAACUUGGCAAAGCCAGUGACACUGAAGACACUGAACCAAUGGAGAUUGGGGAAAAGGGAGUUGAAGUGGCAGAGCCCAUGGAAGAUGGAAGUUGUACUGAGGGCCAUGGAGAAAAAUUGACAACUACUGAGGCUGUACCAGAAAAUUUAGCAGACAAAUCCAGUGAGAGUCAACCACCAGACAGUACAGUUGAGACCCAGACAACAGACACCUCUGUCAAAGCUUUACCACAUGUCCAGCUAAGCACCGUGUCAGAACCAGAAUCCACUACACAAGGACCAGAGACCAAGAUGGAGGCUUCACAUCUGGAACAGCAGGCUGUGGGAAGUCCGACUGAGGCCGCUGUGGAGGCAAAGCCGGCAUGUCAAGGGGUGGAGACAAAGACAAUUGAAAAAGAUCCUGUGACGGAAGUGAAGACAGGAGCGGAUGCAACAUCAGCCAAGGAUGCCUCCAGACACAACGAAGAUACCUGUCUGACUGUUGGGGAGAUGGUAGAAAAGCGCCUGCAUCAAUCCCAAAUACCGUGCCUAAAGCUGAACAUCUGCUUCUCACCUAAAUUUAAUUCACUUAAUAAGAAGCAGUUGCUCAUAACCGACCUGCCGGUGUAUCAUGAUGGCUGCUACACAGAGGAAGACCUCGCCAAACUGCUCAUGCCAUUUGGGUUUCAAUAUGGAGAUGACAAGAUCCAUGUUGUUCCUCAGGCACUUAUGGCUUUCGUCAUGAUGCCGAAAGUGGAGGAUGUGCUUGAGAUCAUGAGAGUGUCCGUAAGGAAGGGCAUUACUUUCAAAGGGUCUAAAAUUGGUUUCCACGUGCUAGCUGGCGGUAUCACAAUGUCACCGCUUGGGAUUUAUUGGUCGCUGAUGAAGUUGAUGGGUUCACAUGCAGCUGACGAUGGAGCGAAAACAAUCUGCAUCAAGAACAUUUCAUGGAGUGAGAGCAGGGAACUCAGGGAAGCUUUGAAAAAAAUCGGCUCUGUCCAGAAUUACCUGCCUCUCCUCAACAAGGUAUUUAUAGAAUUUGAGUCCAUUGGUGAUGCUGAUCGGCUCGGAGUUUGGUACAGUCUCCUGAAACAAGCCCCUGGCCACAAAGUCUACAGGCUGAAAAUACCAAACAGACCCUGUACAACACUACCACCAAAACUUCCUGAGAAUGCUCUACCAGACAGCAAGGAUGUUGUUGCCGGGGCAACUAUCCCGCUGAUAGAAAAUGCCGUUCCACAGGCCAGCAUUGGACCAUUUUGGGUCAUGUUGAGAACUCAUCCCUUCCUGUUCCCUACUGUGUCUCCUUGGUUCAUCAUCCCAGGUCACCUGACAGCUGAAGGACAGGAGGACAUUGAGAAGGCCAGUGGUCGCGGUUCCAUGUGCCCUACGAUCAUGUUGACCGGUUUGCCGGGAAUCGGCCACUACAAGCAUUUAGACGUGGCCAAGCUGGUCUGGCGGUAUUUCCCCAAACAGAACCUUCACUCCCUGUACUACAACGUGGUGGUCUUACCGCUGCAGAGGAGGGCCUUUGUGUUUUUCUCUGAUUGGACUACGUGCUGCGAUUUUGUCCGAGAUCACAUCACAAAUCCAGUUUCUGUCAAAGGCUGCAAGCUCUGUGUUCACUUCGUCUUGGAACACAUGAAACCCGAAUCCAGUGAGGAGAUGAUGUACACAACUCUGAUGAAGUGGAGCAAUGCUGGAGUUCCAGAACCUGAUUCUCUGGAGGAGAAGUUGCUGUGUGUGGAGAUUUCUGAGGCAGCUCUGCGCGUCAUCAGGACGGUCUUGAAAGCGGUGGCCUCCAUCGCAACCUUUGUCGGCUUUCUGCCACUCGCCAACAGGAUAUGCAUUGAGAUGGCUGACUCCAGUGAUGUAACCAAGGUGGUGGAGAACUACAACACCUCUUUGAAGACUGGCGGAGCUUGGUGUAAAGUUCACCGUUUUGAAUCUAUGAAGAGCCUUAAACAGCGUCUACAAGAUUCUAGUGAGAUCACGAUAAACUUUGAACCAGAUGCUAUCGAUGUCAAAGCCAAGCCCCCAGCUGUGAAAUGUGAAACCCAGCCUCCUCCUUCUGAACAGUCGGAUAAUGGGUCACAACCUGCUCUGCAAACCAGUGACCCUGCUGGAUCCAUCGUAUCUGAGCCCAUUACAACUGAACCAAAUGUUACCCCAGCAAGUGACGUAGCAAUGAAGGAGGACGGUGAAAAAUCAGGAACUGAGAUCAUCAUGGACUCAGCUGUUGGUCCUGAGGCAAAUGAAGAUGUAGGAAAAGCAGACGUAAAGGUGGAAGAGGAGUCACCAACAACUUCAGUCUCUACUGCUGAUUCGACCUCUACCCCUGCAGUCAGCAGCGGAAACGCAGUCUCAGCUGCUUCCAAUACGACCCCAUCAGCCACAGCAGUCAUCUCUGAAGGAAACUUUGCAGAAAUUCCUAAGAUUAGCACAGAAAAUUUCCUGGCCCUUGUGGCAGCAGUUCGCAAACACAAACUCAGCCGGGAGAGCAGGUCCCAGAGUGAGGACAAGAUGAGCCACAGCAAAUGCAACAUAAGGCCUAAAACUGCAACGGUUGAAGACACACCACAAAGAACGGCUCAGGACAAUUUUACAGAUGACAUUGUUUCUUCAGACGCCUGUCCUUUCGAUGCGCAAAAUUUCAACAUGGAUGACUUUGUCACUGUUGAUGAAGUUGGUGAUGAUGUGGGAGACGCAAUCCCUGAACCUCAUACCUCCUCCUCAUCUAAGCAGUCCUCCAGAUCUAGAAGAGAGAGACACAGCUCAGAUGUGUGGUCCACUGGCAAACAGACCUCAACAAGGUCUUCAAGAGACUCUAAAAACUCAGCUUCUUCCUCAUCCUCCUCAUCCAGUUCAGCAAAAGGUUCAAGCUCUUCAAGCUCUGUGUCACCAAAAAAGCCCAAGGACUCAUCUGUGUCCACUAAAUCCCCUACCAAACCCUUGGCCUCUACCAGUGUCAGUAAAGCCUCCUCUUCUUCAGUAUCUACUGAAACCCCUUCUUACCCUCGUCAGAAAACACAACUAAGCAAAACAAAACCUCCAGCCGAAGCAUCUAAUACUGCAUCUUCCAGUUGUCGUACCCGCUCAUCCUCAGCUGCACGUGAUACGGAAAAGAUAACAUCAGCAGCAAGUGUCAAGUCAUCAAUGAAGACACAUCCUGAGCUGCUUGAAGAAAAAGUGAAAGACACAGAGAGUGUAGUAACAAAGACUGACCACAAAGUGUCAGCAGAAAGCCUUGAUGCAAAAACUGUUGAGUCAGAGACAAAAACAGAAACAUCAUCAGAGAUGCAUCCACCUUUACAGGGACAUGGGGUAGAGUUGAGCCAAGCUCAAAGUCUGGAGAUUGAUUCUAAUGCCAUCCCAACGAAAGAACAGCAGAAAAGCAAAGAGGAAGGGAAAGACAAGGAUAAUAACAAACAUACAGAGGUGGAGGAGGACAACGGUGAGAAAUAUCAAAUCCUUGAUUCACUUGAUGAUCAAACAGAUCAACAGAUGGAUGAUGUGGACCAAGAGGUCAACUCUGAAGCCCAGCCAACUGGACCUGAGGAAGGCCAGACUUUGCACAAGGAAAGCUUUCAGGACUUGGACAGUGUUGAUGAUGAAGGCAAAACCCACCCACAGGAAUCCAGUGAAAUGGAAAUGGAUAGUUCUUUCAAUGUGCUAGAUAGUGUCACCGAAGACCAAGCAUCUACAGGUCAAGAGGACAGUCGCCUGGUCCAAGAUGGUCGUUCCACAGUAAAACAACUGUCUGAGGAAGAUCCAAUUUCAGCAGAUGUCAAAUCUGAUUUGUUAGGUAAAGAUCAAGAGGCAAAUAAUGUAGAUGAUUUCCAUGUGUUAGAUACAGGUAGUAAACAGUCUGAAAGGAACAAGGGAGAUGAAAAGGGGAGAACAGAGGAAGAGGUCAAAGGCAAAAUGCUUUCAGCAGAGUCCUGCAAAGUCUCAAAAGCUGUUGAAAAUACUGAUAGCCAAAUCCCAAAUGAAGACCAGCCUCUUCAAGACUCUGACAACAAAGAUACUUUUAAAGACACUGACAAUGAUGUAACUGAACAAGAAACCUUUGAGGUACUGGAUUCAAUUGAUGAUCAGACCGGAACAGAAGAUGACAACCAAAACCUUGAAACUCCCAGUGACCAGACAUCUAAAGAAGACAUGAGGCCCAUGGAGGAAGACGAAGACACAUAUCAGGUUAUUGAUUCUGUGGAAGAUCAGCCAUCGACUAUAGAGAUGAAGAUGGAGCCUGAUAACAAGGGGAAAAGAAACACAAGAAGGGAGGUGACAGCUAUAAAAGAUGAUAGGCGAUCAAAGAAAAGCAGCCCCACAACUACAGCAUCCAGAAGUGAAGAGAAGGAGAAAUCACCAAAGAAACAGGACAGGACAUUCAAAAAAUAUGACACACGGACAAGAGUGGACACCUCUGCAGGAGUUUCUGAAAAAGACAAAGAAAUCAAUGAGGAGAUGAUGUACCAGAUAGUAGAUUCUGUUGAAGAUGAACCAGUUCAAGAUGCUGCCACCACAGAACGGUCUGGUAGAAGGAGGAGUGUACGAGGAAAGAAAGAGGAUAAAAUAGAAUUGGUUCUCACAGAAGUGCCUGAAAAACCAGAGGAGGCUACAUACGAGAUUUUAGACUCCGUGGAGGAAGAAACUCCCAGUGAUGAAACCACCGUCAAGAGAAGAUCUACCAGAGGAAAAAGGGAAAGAACAGCUAAGAAAGAUGCUUUAAAUAAAAAAACAAAAAAAGAGGACACUCCAACAAGAAGGAGGCACACCUCUGCCAGAGAGCGAAACAGGGAAACACCAAAAAAAGAGGAGAAAAUGUCUCCAAAGGAGAGCACACCAUCAAAGAAGAGUGACAGUGUUGUAAGAGAGGUAAGUGAGGAGGAUGUUACCUGUAAGGUAUGCGACACUGUGGAGGAAGAGGUUGUUAACGAUGAUCGGCCCACUACAAGAACAGGACAAAGGGGAAGACCAAAGAAAGAUGUUAAAAUAACUAAAAGAGGUAGCACAACAUUAAAGAAGAGUGACAAAGACACAUCUGAAAUAGUGGCUGAUGAAGAAGAGGCGACAUAUCAGAUUCUUGAUUCUGUGGAGGACGAGAGUGUUGACGAUCAGCACCUCACAGAACAGUCAAAAGAGAGAGAUUCUGAACAUAAUGAACAACAAACAAACAAAAAUGCAUCUCUUGCAGGAUCACCCAAAAAUGAGGAGGAAGAGGAAGAGCCUGUGUAUCAGAUCAUAGAUUCCCUAGAAGACGAUCAAGCUCAAGAAGAGCUGACUGCGACAGAGGACAAGACAAAUGGUGAAACUUGGACAAAAGAGAAGGCACCAGUUGAAAAAGAUGACACAUCAACUUGUGGUACCAUAGUUGUGGAAGCAUCCGAAAAAGAGGUUGUCGAGGAGGAGACUUUGUAUCAGAUAAUUGAUAAUUUAGAGGAGGCAAAUGAUGAUCCAUCUGCUGCAGAAAUGUCUUCUAUGGUGAAUGAAGAAAAUACACCCAAAAUAGAGAUUCAAAAAAUGGACAAAUUAACAACAAAACUCCACAGUGAUGCCACCGUACUUGAAGAGGAGAACAAACAAAAAUCACCUGAGAAAAACACAAAGAGCACUCUGGUGAACCUAGAUGAAGUGAGUGAGGAGGAGGAGGAUUACCCUGAUGACGCAGCAGAGGAGGAACAACUGAGGAAGCGACAGGCCGCUGCAAAAAAGAAGCAGUUCAACAAAGAGCGGGAAUCCAGGAGGACCAGGGAGAAAGAGGAGAGGAGGACUAGAGAGAGAGAAGACAAGGAAAGAAAGAGUUCAAGCAGCAGCAGAGGAGGAGGAGGCGGCGGGGGAGGGACGAAGAGGGAGAAGGGGAGGGGAAAGGAGGAGACGGUGGAGGUGGAUGCCAAGGAGCUGGUGACUCUGGAUGAGGUGGGAGCAGAUGAGGUCGGAGAGGAAAGAGCAUCUGAGAGCCGAGAGUGGGAUGGGGAGAUCACAGAGGGAGAGUUGCAGGCACUCGUCACUCUGGAUGAGUUUAUAGAAGAAGAGGAGGAUGGGAAGCCGGAGCAAAGCACGCUGGAGACCUGUCCACCCAGUCAGGAGGAUGAAUCAGUGGACCUCUUAAACCCAGAGACUUUAGUGACUUUAGAUGAAGCUGGCGAUGAUGAGGAAGAGAAGCCAGACGAAGAGCAAACAGAGAAAACCUCAAGAUCUGCCAAACGCAAACACGAUGAUGACACAGAGGAAAGUAUGAACUUUGUGACGGUAGACGAAGUGGGAGAGGUGGAAGAAGAGGAGGAAAAGGAAAUGGUAAAAGCAAGAACUAGAGGACGAGCCAAGAAGAGAACCAGACAGACCCCUGUGAGAAAAUCUACCAGAGGGAAAACGGUGGCUGCAAAAGACGAGAGAGAAGAAGAAAAUGAACCAGCUGGCACUGAUGUACUGCCUCCCACUUCACUCGAUGGCACCUCGUCACUGGACAAAGAUCCGUCUACGUUUUCAAGUGACGGCCAGACUGAGAUCCAGAAGACAGAGGCAAAGGUGGAAUCGGCAAGCCAAGCAGACAUCACUGCUCCUUCUGCUGAGCAGGAGCCUCCGCCGGAGCACCCUGAGAACCAGACGCUGGAGAUAUGUGUGGAGCAAGGAGAGGAGGAGAAAGAAGGAUGGAGCAGGGCGGGCAUAAAAGCUGUGAGUAAACGGAGGAAGGAGCCUGUUGGACCUGAAGCAAAGCGAUCUCGUUCUCAGUCUCCAUGUGUCGCUGCCGACGUCAAACUGCCUGUGUUUAAACCCAACAAUCCCCUCGGUCAGGAGUUUGUCAUCCCCAAAUCAGGGUACUUCUGUAAUCUCUGCUCUGUUUUCUACCUGAACGAGAGCACAGCCAAGGACCUCCACUGCAGCAGCCAGAGACACUUUGACAACUUGCAGAAACAUUACCAGAAGCUGAAACAGAAAACAUCAAGAAGUUGCGCGCAAAGUUCUCAAGGCUCCGUUUCUGAUUGAUAGCGACUUCAGCUACUGGCGGAACUGUACUGGGUGUACAAUAUGCCAUGUGGAUCAUAAUUUUAUUUUUAUUUUUUUCAUAUAAAUGUGUAAAUUAUCUACCACAGUAAAUAUUUUAGCAUGUAUCGCCUCAGUGGGUUUUAAACUCCCUCCAGCUCUACAGUUUUGGUGCCUUGCUCUGCGGACAGUUGCACAGUUGUAGAAAAACCAGGAAUCAUGAGCUGAGUCAAACAUAAAGUCAGUGACGGUUACAUUUUCGAAGGUUUGGAACUUUAAACGGUGCUACAUGACCUCUUUUACUCAUCGAUGCAUAAUUACUACAGUUUUUUUUUUUUUUUUUUGCGAACACGGCAUUUACAUUUGUCUGAUUUUCUGGAAAUGGGUUUAAAACCUGUCAACAUUUUGACAUUUUGGAUGCAACUUGUAGCACCUUUUGAAGGAACUGUUACUCUGUGAGCCUGUUAACCUGUUUUUAAAGUUGAAUAAAUGAAGCUUAGAAUUUCAUCCUGAGUACGAUGUAUAAAACUCAGAUAAACAACCACUUCAGCUUCGGUAACCAUACAGCUGAAAAUCCUUGUCACGGUUAGAUCGUAAGUCGUCGAAAUCUAGUGCUUGGGCAGUGACUUCUGGCGUCAGAAACCGACGAAAAAAGCCGUCCUUUAACGUCAGCAUGAUGUGCCACAGGUUGCCAUUAUAGUUUAAGAAAGAGCCUGUAUGUAUAAGUUAAAUUUCCUGUGAAACAGAAGUGUAUCUCGAAAGAAGACAAUGCAUGUAACAGACAGAACUUCACACGGCGUCCCAGAACGUCAACAACCAACGCACCCAGGGCACCUUGGACGACCAAAUGAUGAAUGUGUUGGUUUGACAAACGUGAGAAAGAUGAAUGAUAAGAAUUAUUAUUUUGUCUCUCAGAGACAAUGUAAAGACAGUUUUGUUGUUUGUAGUUUUGGAAAAUGUGUGAAUUAUUUAAUGGUCACGGUCAAUACAAAUCACAGAGCUGAGCUUCGGGGAUGUUUCAGAUUUGUCUGUCCUUCUGAAAAUGUAUCUGAAACAGCACCUGCUCCCAGUUUUGGCAAUUUUCUGGUGUAAAAUGACAUUUUUACUCUGUAAUAAACUGUAUAUCUAGUAAACCCUGACAAAUGUGUUUAUUACGUAAAAUAUUUGUGGUGUUGUGAGAACGUUACAUCAUCCUGACAUGUAAGUACACACGAAGUCAGUUAACGUAAAACUUAAUUACAUCACUGACAUCAACAGGCCUAUAUUUGGGACAGGUCUUUAAUUCCUUUCACACAAAACUGUUGCUGAGCAAAGAUGGGAAAUACAAUCUGUUUAUUUAAAUGAGUAUGAAUAUUACUCGCAUAAAAAUUAGGCUUCAAAUACCACUGAAUCAUUCGUGUGAUGUAGCGCUGACAGAGAUGUGAGAUGAAAUAAAGUCAAAGCAACAUUG